CAAAUCGUCUUGUGCGUUUGCCUUAACCCUGCGGCUAAUAUUCUGCAUAUUGUUUAUGUUUAUCACAUGUUUGUACUACCGUGAUGGUUAUAAAUCAAUUCAGUAGUCGUUUUUUAAUUAAAAGUAUUAUUUAUACAAUUAACUUAUAUAUAGAAGAACACUAAUUUUUUAAAAUGAGAUAUGGGCAAAUUGUCAUAGGACCUGCUGGUUGUGGAAAGUCAACAUUUUGUUCUGUUUUACAACGACAAGCAGCAGAUGAUAAUAAGAUAAUUGAAAUAGUUAACUUAGAUCCUGCAGCUGAUUACUUCGAAUAUACUCCUUUUGUAGACAUUAGAGAAUUGAUUCAUGUAGAUGAUACAAUGGAAGAUUCUGAAUUAAAAUUUGGUCCCAAUGGAGGUCUGCUUUAUUGUAUGGAAUACUUAAUGGAACAUACUGAAUGGUUAGAAGAUCAACUGGGCGAUACAGAUGAUGAUUACAUAUUAUUUGAUUGUCCUGGUCAAAUAGAACUCUACACUCAUAUGAAUGAAAUGCAACAAUUAAUUUCUACUUUACAAAGGAUGAAUUUCAAUUUGUGUAGCGUUUUUUUACUGGAUAGUCAGUUUAUGGUUGAUGGAUCGAAGUUUAUGUCUGGUACAAUGUCAGCACUCAGUACAAUGAUCAAUUUGGAAUUGCCACAUGUUAACAUUGUAACAAAAAUGGAUUUAUUAUCAAAGAACGCUAAAAAACAGUUAGAUAAAUUUCUAGAACCUGAUCCACAAAGUUUAUUGGCUGAAAUGAAAGAUGAUCCAUGGAAUGAAAAAUAUAAAAAUUUAACAAAUGCUAUAGGAAAUGUAAUUGAAAAUUACAGUCUUGUCAAAUUUUAUCCAUUAAAUAUUAAAGAUGAAGAAAGUAUUGCAGACAUAAAAAUUACUAUUGACAAUAUUAUUCAAUACGGAGAAGAAGAGGAUGUAAAAACAAAAGAUUUUGAUGAGCCCGAUGAAGAUAAUGAUGAUUAAAGAAUUUUCAGAGUUUUAUAAAUUAUUUUUUUUAUACCAAUUUGUAUCAAUAAAUUAUUACGUUUUAUUGAAA